UUGCCGUUGGCCGUUUGUUUAUCGCAUUGCGUCGCCUUGGUCCAAAUAAAAUCCGUACUCCGCGGAAAAAACUCUCGAGUUGCAGUUGCGAAAAGUGUUUCCGCGUUUCCGAGAAAAGUUCCAAGGAAAAUUAUUGUGAAAAGUGCAACAAAAUCGGCAAAGAGCAGCAGAACGCAAACAGUGCAAAAUAAGUGCAAGAAAUGUGCUAAAAAUCAUGGGUAAUGUGGAGCCCAGAUAUCUGGUUAGUUGCAGCUACAGCCUGAGCUGGUCAUGAUUGGGGGCAGGAGAUGCAGCGAGGCCGCCCGUCGGCUGCGCCAGCGUCCCGAUACCCUGGAGCUGGCAGUGCUAGAUGGCCAGUCUCCCGUGGAGAUAGAGCAACAAGAGGACGAUGAUCGAAUCCCAUCAGUGGAUCCAGGAAUAGGAGAUGAAUCUGAAGGAGUAGCUCCAGUAGCUCCAGCCCCGGCAGCCAGCAGGAGGACUCGCUGGUUUCAGUUUGCCAGGUCCUCGAAGAAUCGUAGGAAACGUCUCCACUGCGAGGAAGAUGAGGAAGAGCCCGACCUACGAGAGCAGGGUCGAAGGACCUCCGACAAAGAGAUCCACCGGAGAGAAUGCCUUGCUCAACCGGAAGGCAUGAACAUUGGCAGCUCCACGCAGACCAUUGCCACGCCCCUGAUGAUAGGCGAUAGCUUCUAUAGCCUGGCCCAGGGAGCAGCUAAUCCAUCAGUCAGUAGAUCCGAUGACCAGGAGCAGUACAAGCAGAGGGAUCCCUCGGAGGCCUCCGAGACCAAGUCCACCCGCAGUCUGAGGCGUCUUUCCCAGAUCAGAAGACGUCGUAGCUCCUACUACUUUUCGGAAAACGAACGCAGAAUCCGCGCCAACGACAAAGAAUUCAAUGCGCAGUUCAAAUAUCACAACAAUUACAUCAAGACCUCCAAGUAUUCGCUGUUCACAUUUCUGCCCUUCAAUCUUCUGGAGCAGUUCCAACGAUUGGCCAACUUUUAUUUCCUCUGCCUUUUGGUCCUGCAGCUGAUACCCGCGAUCUCCUCCCUCACACCUGUGACCACAGCCAUUCCCCUGAUAGGGGUGCUAACGCUUACCGCCGUUAAGGAUGCCUACGAUGAUAUACAACGUCAUCUCUCCGACUCGCAGGUUAACAACCGGAAGUCGAAGACACUUCGCAAUGGAAAACUGGUGGACGCCAAGUGGUCAGAGGUUCAGGUGGGAGACGUCAUCCGAUUGGACAACAAUCAAUUCGUGGCAGCAGACAUCCUGCUGUUGUCCACCUCGGAGCCCAAUGGCCUUUGUUUCAUUGAGACAGCGGAACUGGAUGGUGAGACGAAUCUCAAGGCAAAGCAAUGCCUUACCGAGACCAUCGAGCUGGGCGACCGACACGAUCUUCUCUGGAACUUUAACGGCGAGAUCCUCUGUGAGAGACCCAACAACCUGCUGAACAAGUUCGAUGGCACCUUGAUAUGGCGGAAUCAGAGGUUUGCUCUGGACAACGAGAAAAUCCUGUUAAGAGGCUGUGUCCUUAGGAAUACACAGUGGUGCUAUGGCGUGGUCGUUUUUGCCGGAGUGGAUACCAAGCUAAUGCAGAAUUCUGGAAAGACUCAGUUCAAAAGCACUGGCGUGGAUCGUCUGCUCAACUUUAUUAUCAUUGGGAUUGUCCUGUUUCUGGUCUCGAUAUGUGCUUUCUUCGCAAUUGGAUGUGCCAUCUGGGAGGGCCUGAUUGGCCAGCAUUUCCAGAGGUAUUUGCCAUGGGAGCACAUCAUACCCAAGGAUUACAUACCAACGGGGGCGACAGUCAUCGGAUUGCUGGUUUUCUUCUCGUAUGCCAUAGUCUUAAACACAGUUGUGCCAAUCUCUCUCUACGUUUCAGUAGAGGUCAUACGCUUUGUACAGUCGUUCCUCAUCAACUGGGAUGAGGAGAUGUACUAUGCCACCACCAAUACCUAUGCCAAAGCCCGCACCACAACGCUCAACGAGGAGCUGGGCCAAAUCCAGUACAUCUUCUCGGACAAAACGGGCACCCUCACCCAGAACAUAAUGACGUUUAACAAGUGCAGCAUCAAUGGACGCACCUAUGGCGAUGUAAUUGACCUCCGGACCGGCGAGCUCAUCGAGAUAACCGAGGCCGUCCAAAGCGUUGACUUCUCCGCCAAUCCGCAUCAUGAGAGCGACUUCCGGUGGUAUGAUCGCACGCUGCUGGAUGCAGUCCGGUCGGAUGAGGAGCACUCCCAUGUGUUCUUCCGGCUGCUCGCCCUGUGCCACACGGUCAUGGCCGAGACGGUGGACGGACGGCUGGAGUAUCAGGCUCAGAGCCCGGAUGAGGCUGCCCUCGUCUCGGCGGCCCGCAACUUUGGCUUUGUCUUUCGCACACGAACACCGAAUAGUAUUACCAUUGAGGUGAUGGGUCGAACGGAGGAUUAUGAGCUCCUGAACAUCCUUGACUUCAACAACGUCCGCAAGCGGAUGUCUGUGAUCCUGCGGCGUGGUGACUCCGUGGUGCUCUAUUGCAAAGGAGCAGACAAUGUGAUAUACGAUCGCCUGCAUGGCGGACAGGAAGACCUAAAGGCUCGCACCCAGGAUCACCUCAAUAAAUUUGCCGGAGAAGGUUUGCGCACCUUAGUCCUGGCAGAACGUCGUCUGACGGAGCAGUACUACAAUGACUGGCGGAGCCGGCAACAGGAGGCUGCGCUUUCCAUGGAUUCGCGGGAGCAGAAGCUGAACGCAAUGUACGAGGAAAUCGAGAGCGAUAUGCAACUGGUGGGCGUAACUGCCAUCGAGGACAAGCUCCAGGAUGGUGUGCCCAAGUCCAUAGCAAAUCUGCAAAAUGCAGGCAUUAAGAUUUGGGUACUGACUGGUGACAAGCAGGAAACUGCCAUCAACAUUGGUUACUCCUGUCAGCUGCUCACUGAUGAGCUAGCAGAUGUCUUUAUUGUGGACGGCAACUCCGUGGAGGAGGGAAAACAACUCAGACAGUUCAAGGAGUCCAUCAAAAUAUACAAUCGAUUUCGACCCGGUGGAAUUGAGAGCUUUGACCGUAUGAAUAGCGACAUGAACAUGGAUCCGCUUAGCGUAACCAUGACGCAAACUUCGGCCUUCAUGCAGGAGUCGAAUUUUCCACCCACACCGCCUCCACCGCCUGCCAUUUCGGUGGUUACGUUUAGGUGGGAUGACAAAAUUAAGGAUAAUAAGGGCGGACCGGACAGUGCUGAAUGCAAUAAUUUGUUUGGUGAUGAAAAGAAGAGCGAGGACGGAGGUGCCGCCUCCAUUGUGGUGGACGAGAACACCGGCUUUGCCCUGGUGGUCAACGGUCACUCCCUGGUGCACUGCCUUUCGCCGGAGUUGGAGACUAAGUUUCUGGACAUCGCUUCCCAGUGCAAGGCGGUGAUAUGCUGCCGGGUAACGCCAUUGCAAAAGGCGCUGGUCGUCGAGCUAAUCAAGCGUGCCAAAAAUGCCGUCACAUUGGCCAUUGGCGAUGGUGCCAAUGAUGUUUCUAUGAUCAAGGCUGCCCACAUUGGUGUUGGCAUUUCCGGUCAGGAGGGUCUGCAGGCUGUCCUAUCCAGUGACUAUGCCAUUGCCCAGUUUCGUUACCUCGAGCGAUUGCUGCUGGUCCAUGGUCGCUGGUCCUACUAUAGAAUGUGCAAGUUUCUACGCUACUUUUUCUACAAGAACUUUGCAUUUACCUUGUGCCAUUGCUGGUAUUCGCUAUUCUGCGGCUUCAGCGCUCAGACGGUGUUUGAUCCCAUGUUUAUAUCGGUGUACAAUUUGUUUUACACAUCACUGCCUGUGUUGGCGCUGGGCGUCUUUGAGCAGGAUGUGUCAGACAAGAACAGUGUGGAAUUUCCACGACUUUAUACACCAGGCCUGAAGAGCGAACUGUUUAACAUACGAGAGUUCAUCUACAGUGUCCUGCACGGUGCCUUUACCUCGCUCAUCCUAUUCCUUAUACCUUACGGAGUCUAUAGAGACGGUGUCUCUCACGAUGGCUAUAUCUUGAGCGAUCACAUGACUUUAGGUGCAGUGGUGGCCACCAUCCUUAUAGUGGAUAACACAGCACAGAUAUCUCUUUACACCUCUUAUUGGACCGUGGUCAAUCAUGUGACCAUUUGGGGCAGUUUAAUUUGGUAUUUUGUGCUGGAUUAUUUCUACAACUAUGUCAUUGGUGGUCCCUAUGUGGGCUCCUUAACUCAGGCCAUGAAGGAUUUAAGUUUCUGGGUUACCAUGCUAAUAACAGUGAUGGUGUUGGUAGCACCUGUCUUGGCCUACAAGUUCUAUCUGCUGGAUGUGCAUCCAAGCCUAUCGGACAAGAUCCGUCAAAAAUCCCUGAAGAAGAUCCAUUCUAGAGCUUCUAGCAGUGUCCGUCGUACGGCUUCAUCGCGCCGCGGACGUCGCUCUGUGCGCUCGGGUUACGCUUUUGCACAUCAGGAGGGUUUUGGCCGGCUUAUUACAUCUGGCAAAAUCAUGCACAAGCUGCCGCAGGACUUUGCUUUCCCCCUAGGUCUGGGCACCAAGAAAACGCAGGCGCUACACAACAACCUGAACUCGGCCGAUGGCCCGUCCUCAAAGACCAACAAUGUAUCCGGCCACCACAUGACCAAUAACAACACGAAUCUGCGACACAAUCAGAACCAGAAUCACUCCUCCAUGGCGGACAUCACUGGCGAUGGACGGGGCAGUGCAGGAGAUGGUGGAAGGAGCAGUGUCGGCACGGAUGACCUGAGUCCUCGGGCUCCCUGCCAGGACCUCGACACGAUCAAUCUCUAAGCUUUAGCGUGUUCCGCAAACAAACACCAAACAAAAGUCAUUAUAAAGAAUUUGAAUCAACGAACGUUAGGCUAAGUUUUAACAUUUAAUCAGCAGUGAAUUAAGAGGAAAAUGUGUGAUUGAUUUUGUUUCUGGUAUGAAUGUGUGCAGUCUUUAAAACCUAAAACAAGUAUUAUGCAGAAUCUUUGGCUAUUUACCGAUUUUGUCCACCCCUUAAAAGUGUACUUAUUUAAAGUCUAGGUUUAGGUUUAUCAGUAAUUAUCUUCAAAGUAUUCUUACAAAGGGAAAUCAUCAUCCAAAGACAUUAUGUUACAAUUCACAUCACCAAAACUAGGACUAUCUUAAGUCACAACUUUAAACGAUCUUUCAUAGCCUCAAAGAAAGCACAAAAUCUCAUCGUUGGCUGCAUUUAAGAGUGUGAACCCCCUGAAUGGCUGAGUGAAUGGGUUUAACUACAUUAUGGAAUAAUAUUGAAUAGGGAUUGAAAUGUCAUUGAGAAACUGAAAAGCGUACUUAAUUGCUUAAUGUCGUGCUGUGUGUGUGCUUAGCUAAUAAAACUUAGAGUAGCUUACCUACCCAAAAGCUGAACGAAAUCUCGUCUUAAGGUCCAUAGCUAUAUACUAUAUAACCCCUACACACAAUCGACACACACACCCUACAAAUAGACGAGUCCACACUUCUGUGUUCCUAAUUAGAGUUGUAGAAGUAAAGCCUGCAUAUGCCUUAGAGAGUCCCUAGAAUUAAGUUUUUUAGUAGGGUUCCUUUAGGUGGGAUUCCCAUAAUUUUUGGUUGUUACUGAGGGGAGUUACAUUCGAAUUAGCGGGCUGUGGGUUCUAAAAGUAACAAAAGGUCAAAAGUGAUUUAUUGUUAGAGCGAGCUGGGGUUGAGAAAAGUACUUGAAUGUGGCUUUUUAAUUUAAUUAAUAUAGGAAAUAACUUUUAAUACAUUCGGGUACAUAUUUUUGCAUGACAAGUAACCCAACUAUUGCAAAUUGUUGGCAUCAACCUUAAAUUUAGUAAGCAAAUUGUUGGUAUACAAAAUGGGCAGUUAAAAGGUGAACGAUUAAACCAAAUAAAGAGAAACCAUUUUAUAUUUAUCUAAAUUUUAGUCAAGGAAAU